AUGGAGCCCAAGUGGGAAUCAAUUAUGGCAUGGCAAACUUCCAUCUUGAGGAAUGGAACCGAAGGCCAGAAUCGACUGACUAACCACUGGCUUCCCACCCUAGAGCGACUGGAAACUCCGCCGAGUCCUUUGACGACUGUCCUAUUCCCGCAAGAUCCAGAUUUUGUUAGUCACGAUACACCGCUUGACCAGAUUGGCGAUAAAAGCUUGGUCCCAGGGUCGCGAAUUGCGCUUGUUGGCCUUGGUGAAAAGGAAAUCAUAACUUGCCAUCAAAUACUCCUACCAAAUCCAAUCCUCAACACAGGCAACAUGGGUGUUCUAGGUCUAUGCGAGCAACGCGACCUGAUUCGAGCAAAGUUUCCGAUAUAUAGCAGACCAGGUCAAAUACUGGGGCUCGAAAGCUGGCUCCGGGAUGAGAAGAGAGGAAGAUGGGUUCUUAUCCUUGAUAAUGUCGAUGAUCAUGAGUUCCUUCGCAAGUCUCAAGUAAUAGCCUAA